CGUGUGUGCUUAGCAGCCACAAGGGAGGUGUGGUAGGUAGAAAUUAACAACUACUCCCUACUCCCUUCACGCUACACCCUACACCCUACACCCACCCCUGCUGGCCUUGGCAACAAAGAGGGUGCCAACUAACCAAGGCACCCCCAUCACUACGAUGCAGGCCUAACCCCCCCCCCCUCUCUCUCUCUCUCUCUCUGCAAGUAUGACUGCUGAUAAGAACCCAACUCUUGCUGACACACGCACGCACAGUUGCAAUAUAUAAGUGCAAGAGAGUGUGUGUGUGUGUGUGGUUUGGGUGCGUGGACUGAGGUCAGGAAGUCAGCGAGUGAAGGACUGAAGGGGAGGGAGGAGGAGGCCCUGAUGGAAUAGGUGACGGAAGUGUGGCAGCUUGUGACCUACCACUGCUGACUCGACUACACCUGAUGCUACGCCCACUGCUACACCUGCUGCUCCUCCCUACAUUGGCUGAAGAAUUAGUGUUGUCAUCCCUUAGGUACCCCUCCAGCAGAUCCACCCUGGGGCCUUUUAAUGGUGUUUCUGAGCCACGUCCACCACUACCAUCACCAUGUGGAACAAACCCCCACUGCUGGACCACCACAGCCAGGGCAUGUGGCACCCUCCACAGAACCCAGAGUGGAUGAACACACCAUACUGGAAUGCCCAUCCACCUCCACAUCCGCCUCCACUCUUUCCAUAUGCCCCUCCGAACCACUGGAAUGGACCAAUGGGACCACCACAGGGGCCACCACAUGGACCACCACAGGGGCCACCAUUUGGACCACCACAGGGGCCACCAUUUGGACCACCACAGAGGUACAGGGGUCGUGGGGGACAUAGGUGGCAGGGAUCAUGGCCCAGACACCCACCCAAACAAUGGCACUCAUCGAAACACAGCUCAUCAAGUGCCGAGCAAGGUGGGAAGUCAUCCGUGUCUCACCAACCAUCCACUCUACCAAAAAAGAGUAAAACAGAUCCACCUACCCCUCCACAACCAUCCAAGUCAGUGUCAGGGGGUCAGAAGCCAUCCAACCCAUCCCAAGUGACAUAUCUUCCACCUUCAUCCACCCUAAAGCAACCAGACACUCCACCAUCCACAUCAUCUUCCACUCAAUCAUCCAAACCAUCCACUAAACCUUCCACAUCAUCCGCACCAACCUUCCUUCCACCUUCAUCCACACUAAAACAGCCAGACAUACCAGUAUCCACAUCAUCUUCCACAAAACCAUCCACACAACCACCCAAACCUACCGAACCAUCCACUGAACCUUCCGCAUCAUCCGCACCAACCUUCCUUCCACCUUCAUCCACUCUAAAACAGCCAGACAUACCAGUAUCCACAUCAUCAUCCACACAACCACCCAAACCUACCGAACCAUCCACUGAACCUUCCGCAUCAUCUGCACCAACCUUCCUUCCACCUUCAUCCACUCUAAAACAGCCAGACAUACCAGUAUCUACAUCAUCUUCCACAAAACCAUCCACACAACCACCCAAACCUACCGAACCAUCCACUGAACCUUCCACAUCAUCUGCACCAACCUUCCUUCCACCUUCAUCCACACUAAAACAGCCAGACAUACCAGUAUCCACAUCAUCUUCCACAAAACCAUCCACACAACCACCCAAACCUACCGAACCAUCCACUGAACCUUCCACAUCAUCUGCACCAACCUUCCUUCCACCUUCAUCCACUCUAAAACAGCCAGACAUACCAGUAUCCACAUCAUCAUCCACAAAACCUUCCACACAUCCACCAAAGCCAUCCACACCCACCUUCCUUCCACCUUCAUCCACUCUAAAACAGCCAGACCUUCCAUCAUCCACUUCCACAGCCACAGCAACACACUCCACCCAGUUGAUCCAGAAAACUCUCACAAAUUUUUCAAAGUCACAGCAUUCUAAAAUCUCAGUAAAGAAAUCACCACAGCGGGGAAACAAGAGAGGUCACAUCAAUUCCCCACAGCACCCCACACCAGCUUCCAGACAGCAUAACAGCAUUUCAGACAGCACAACAGCUUCCUCACAGCUUAACAGUCCCUCACAGCUGCACCACAGCUUGUCAGGGAAUAAUACAGGAGAACAGCGUGUCAGUGCAGUGUCGCAGCAAAAUACAGCUUCUUCACAACAAAUUGGUGCUCCAAAACUACUGCACAGCUCAAAGACACAGCAAAGUACUGCUUCAUCACAGCAGAAAAGUACAAAACAACCGCUGAGUCAAGUAACACAGCAAAGUGGUGCUCCAGAACUACUGCACAGCUCAAAGACACAACAAAAUACUGUUUCAUCACAGCAAAACAGUACAAAACAAGAUCAGAAUCCAGUAUCACAGGAAAAGACAACUUCUUCACAGCAAAAUGAUGCUUCAAAACAGUUAAACAGCACAAAGGCACAGCAAAAUACAGCACCUGCACAGCAGAACAGUACAAAACAAGCUCAGAAACCAGAAUCACAGCAAAAGAUAGCUACUUCACAGCAAAAUGGUGCUUCUAAGCAGUCAAACAGCACAAAGGCACAACAGAACAGUACAAAACAAGACCAGAAACAAGAGUCACAGCAAAAUACAGCUACUUCACAGCAAUAUGGUACCUCAAAACAGGCAAGCAGCACAAAGGCACAGCAAAAUACUGCUUCGUCACAGCAGAAAAGUACAAAACAACCUCCGAGUCAAGUAACACAGCAAAAAACUGCUUCACAGCAAAGUGGUGCUCCAGAACUACUGCACAGCUCAAAGACACAGCAAAAUACAGCAUCUUCACAGCAGAACAGUACAAAACAAGACCAGAAACAAGAGUCACAGCAAAAUACAGCUACUUCACAGCAAUAUGGUACCUCAAAACAGGCAAGCACCACAAAGACACAGCAAAAUACUGCUUCGUCACAGCAGAAAAGUACAAAACAACCUCCAAGUCAAGUAACACAGCAAAAAACUGCUUCACAGCAAAGUGGUGCUCCAGAACUACUGCACAGCUCAAAGACACAGCAAAAUACAGCAUCUUCACAGCAGAACAGUACAAAACAAGACCAGAAACCAGAAUCACAGCAAAAAGCAGCUACCUCACAGCAAAAUAGUGCUCCAAAACAGUCAAACACCACAAGGGCACAGCAAAAUGCAGCAUCUUCACAGCAGAAAUGUACAAAACAACCUCCGAGUCAAGUAACACAGCAAAAAACUGCUUCACAGCAAAGUGGUGCUCCAGAACUAUUGCACAGCUCAAAGACACAGCAAAAUACAGCAUCUUCACAGCAGAACAGUACAAAACAAGACCAGAAACCAGAAUCACAGCAAAAAGCAGCUACCUCACAGCAAAAUAGUGCUCCAAAACAGUCAAACACCACAAGGGCACAGCAAAAUGCAGCAUCUUCACAGCAGAAAUGUACAAAACAACCUCCGAGUCAAGAAACACAGCAAAAAACAACUUCUUCACAGCAAAAUGGUGCUUCUAAGCAGUUGAACACUACAAACACACAGCAAAAUACAGCAUCUUCACAGCAGAACAGUACAAAACAAACUCAGAAACCAGAGUCACAGCAAAAUGCAGCUACUUCACAGCAAAAUGGUGAUCUAAAACAGUCAAACAGCACAAAGACACAGCAAAAUACAGCACCUUCCCAGCAGAACAGUACAAAACAAGUUCAGAAUCCAGAAUCACAGCAAAAAACAGCUUCUUCACAGCAAAAUGGUGCUCCAAAACAGUCAAACAGCACAAAGACACAGCAAAAUACUGCUUCGUCACAGCAGAAAAGUACAAAACAACCUCCAAGUCAAGUAACACAGCAAAAAACUGCUUCACAGCAAAGUGGUGCUCCAGAACUACUGCACAGCUCAAAGACACAGCAAAAUACAGCAUCUUCACAGCAGAACAGUACAAAACAAGACCAGAAACCAGAAUCACAGCAAAAAGCAGCUACCUCACAGCAAAAUAGUGCUCCAAAACAGUCAAACACCACAAGGGCACAGCAAAAUGCAGCAUCUUCACAGCAGAAAUGUACAAAACAACCUCCGAGUCAAGUAACACAGCAAAAAACUGCUUCACAGCAAAGUGGUGCUCCAGAACUAUUGCACAGCUCAAAGACACAGCAAAAUACAGCAUCUUCACAGCAGAACAGUACAAAACAAGACCAGAAACCAGAAUCACAGCAAAAAGCAGCUACCUCACAGCAAAAUAGUGCUCCAAAACAGUCAAACACCACAAGGGCACAGCAAAAUGCAGCAUCUUCACAGCAGAAAUGUACAAAACAACCUCCGAGUCAAGAAACACAGCAAAAAACAACUUCUUCACAGCAAAAUGGUGCUUCUAAGCAGUUGAACACUACAAACACACAGCAAAAUACAGCAUCUUCACAGCAGAACAGUACAAAACAAACUCAGAAACCAGAGUCACAGCAAAAUGCAGCUACUUCACAGCAAAAUGGUGAUCUAAAACAGUCAAACAGCACAAAGACACAGCAAAAUACAGCACCUUCCCAGCAGAACAGUACAAAACAAGUUCAGAAUCCAGAAUCACAGCAAAAAACAGCUUCUUCACAGCAAAAUGGUGCUCCAAAACAGUCAAACAGCACAAAGACACAGCAAAAUACUGCUUCGUCACAGCAGAACAGUACAAAAAAGCCUCCGAGUCAAGUAUCACAGCAAAAAACAGCUUCACAGCAAAAUGCUGCGUCUAAGCAGUCAAACAGUGCAAACGCACAGCAAAAUAUAGCACCGCCACAGAAGAACAGUAUAAAACAAGACCAGAAACCAGAGUCACAUCAAAAUGCAGCUACUUCACAGCAAAAUAGUGCUCCAGAACAGUCAAACAGCACAAAGACACAGCAAAAUACAGCACCUUCACAGCAGAACAGUACAAAACAAGCUCAGAUGCCACAAUCACAGCAAAAAGUAGUUACUUCACAGCAAAAUGGUGCUUCAAAACAGGCAAACAGCACAAAGGCACAGCAAAAUACAGCUCCUUCACAGCAGAACAGUACAAAGCAAGACCAGAAACAUGAGUCACAGCAAAAGGCAGUUACUUCACAGCAAGAUGGUACUUCUAAACAGGCAAAUAGCAUAAAGGCACAGCAAAACAGUACAAAACAACCACUGAGUCAAAUAUCACAGCAAAAAUCAGUUUCACAGCAAAAUUAUGCUUCUAAACAGUCAAACAGCACAAAGGCACAGCAAAAUACAGCACCUUCACAGCAGAACAGUACAAAACAAGACCAGAAACCAGAGUCACAGCAAAAUGCAACUACUUCACAGCAAAAUAAUGCUCCUAAACAGUCAAACAGCAAGGCACAGCAAAAUAAAGCACCUUCACAGCAGAACAGUACAAAACAAGACCAGAAACAAGAGUCACAGCAAAAAACAGCUUCUAAACAGCCCCAUAGCUCAAACCCUGACCAGAAAACAGCUUCACAGCAGAACAGCAUAAAACAAGGUCAGAAACAAGAAUCACAGCAAAAAACAGCUUGUUCACAGCAAAAUAAUGCUCCAAAACAGUCAAACAGCACAAAGUCACAACAAAAUGCAGCACCUUCACAGCAGAACAGUACAAAACAAGACCAGAAACCAGAGUCACAGCAAAAUGCAGCUACUUCACAGCAAGAUGGUACCUCAAAACAGGCAAACAGCAUAAACUCACAGCAAAAUACUGCUUCAUCACAGCAGAAAAGUACAAAACAACCUCUGAGUCAAGUACCACAGCAAAAAACAGCUUCACAGCAAAAUGGUACUUCUAAACAGUCAACCACCACAAAUCUGCAGCAAAAUACAACACCUUCACAGCAGAACAGUAUAAAACAAGCUCAGAAACAAGAGUCACAGCAAAAAAUUGUUUCUUCACAGCAAAAUGGUCCUUCAAAACAGUCAAACAGCAAGGCACAGCAAAACACAGCACCUUCACAGCAGAACAGUACAAAACAAGACCAGAAACCAGAGUCACAGCAAAAAACAGCUUCCUCACAGCAAAAUGAUGCUUCUAAACAGCCCCACAGCUCAAAUUCUGACCAGAAAACAUCUUCACAGCAGAACAGCACAAAACAAGUUCAGAAGCCAGUGUUACAGCAAAAAACAGCUUCUUCACAGCAAAAUGAUGCUUCUAAACAGUCCCACAGCUCAAAGGCACAGCAAAACACAGGAUCUUCACAGGAGAACAGCACAAAACAAGUCCAGAAGCCAGUGUCACAGCAAAAAACACCUUCACAGCAAACCAGUACAAAACAAGCCCAGAAUCAAGUAACACAGCAAAAAACAGCUUCACAGCAAAUUGGUUCUUCAAAACAGUCAAACAGCACAAAGGCACAGCAAAACAGUACAAAAAAAGAUCAGAAUCCAGUGACACAGCAAAAAACAGCCUCCUCACAGCAAAACAGCCCAUCAAACCAGCACCAUAGCACAAAGACACAGCAAAAUACAGCAUCUUCACAGCAGAACAAUGUGUUGAAUUCUCCACGCACCCCAAAAUCAGUAAAAAAAAAUGGCUCAUCACAGCAAAACACGCCAACACAGCUCCACAGCACAGAAGCACAGCAUAACACAACUUCCACACAGCAGAACUCAAAACCAGAAGAGAAAACAGCUUCAUCACAGCAAAACAUGGCAAUACAUCCCCAGAACCUCAAGCCAUUGCAAAACAUAGCAUCACAGCAAGAUAGCAAAGUCCCACAGAAGCCCACAGCCACAGUAGCACCACAGAGGAGAGUAACAACAGCCAAGACUUACCCUGAAACCUCCUGUGGUGACCUGGGUAACAGAGGGAUGAAGAUUAAGAGUGAUGAUAGUGUGGCAGGUUCCAGGUACUCUCAGACACAGGGCAGUGAUUCUAAGGUGACUAACUUCAUCUCUCCUAGCUCUACUACUGGUACCAUUGCUGUGACAACCUCCACCUUUACACAGCAAGGAAACAAAGGAGAUGGAAGCAAAGAUCACCCAUUAUCACCAAGCCAGUUACCAUACUCUGAUCCCAUUUCCACCUCAGCUACACACACCACUCUGCCACUCACCACAGCACAGAGCAACACCACAACACAAGGAGAUAAAGCAUUUUCAACACCCCAAGACCAGUCACUCGCUCACACAAGGAACUUACUCAAAAACAGUACAGGUUCUUUAGAGGCAGCACACAGCCCCAGCAACACAGCAACACAGCGACAUACACCAAUUUCAACACCCCAAUACCUGCAAGUCAUUCAAAUGUAUGCUAAAUCACCAAAAUGCAGAGAAGCUUCACAGGAACACAGCAGAAAGUCACAGGAUACCAUCUAUGGGAAACAGAAGCUGGUUGAGUCACACAGGACCACAGCACCACAGGAGGGCAACAAAAGGAGUGAUGGAAUGAAACACAAGGUAGAUCAGGUUAAGGAUUUUGGGUCAUGGAAUGAGAAAAGGAGAGAAAGCACAGGCCAGCAGGAUUUGAGUAGCAGUGAGGUGCAGAGCAGGAAGAGACAGCUGAGUGGGGAGGAGAGCCAGACCCAGCAGCCCAAGAGGAAGGUUCUGAAAGGUGCGACACUGAAGGAACAAGAUCAGAACCCAAGGAGGAGUGUUAGUUCAGAAUGCACCAGUGAGGAACAGAAAGAGAGGCAGGUGGAUGGUGCUAGGAAGGUUCACAACACACACACUGAGGGAAAGAAGGUUGACAAGCCACUGGAGAUGACAAAAGGACCUAUAACAGACACAUACACAGUUUCUCAAGGCAGCACAGAGGCAACAAACACAGAAACACAGCCAAGAGAUGAGGGAACAAGCCACAACACAACAGACACUGCAACUCAAAUAGACAAGCUACCAAACGCACUGUACAUUAAAGAACAGAUGAUAAAAUAUGCGUAUGGGGACUUGCAAGGCACUACCAUUGCCGAACACUUGGAAAAAGAAGAACAGGAUAAGAAAACCAUAAGGAAACAGAUACUUAGCAAUCUGAAAGCCAAGAGAGACGUAGCAAACUCGAUCAUAAACAAGCUUGUGACGGACUCUUGCCUCAUAAAAGAUAAGAAGGAGAUGCUAAUACAGCUUACCUUGAACAGACUGAAGAAAUUGUGCAUGGAAGAGGAGAAGAAGGAGAUAGGGAAGAAAGAGGAGGACAAGGAGGAGGAAGUGGUAGUAAUAUGUGAAGUGAAGAAAAGAAAGGAAGAGAUGAGUGAAGAUAUGAACAAAGAGGAGAAGAGAAGUGAGGUGAAUGAAAGAGAUGAAAGGAAGAGAUGUGAUAAAGAAAGAGAGAGAAGCAAUGAAAGGCAGAUAGAGAAGAGGAAGAGCAGGUAUGAGGAAAAAGAAGAAGAAAAGGAAGCAAAAAAGAGGAAAAGAGAAGAAACAGACAUGGAACAUUGGAAAAAGAUGAGAAUUGAGGAAAGAGAGAAGAAAAACAGCCACAUGGAGAGAGAGAAGGAGGAAGAGGAGGUAAAGAAGAAAAGAAAAGAGGAAGAAGGAUAAAACCAAACAGAAACAAGAACAAAGACGAGAAAUACACAAACAGGGAUAGGGAACACGAAAGAAGGAAGAAGGAAGGAGAGAGAAGCAAAAAUAGAAACAAACCAAGGGAAGCAAAUGGUGAAAUGACACAGGAUGAGGAUAAGUGGCAGAAGUCAACCCAGACACCACACUUCUUACUAAAUGACACUUGCGUUCAAAAAAUGGACAACUUUACGAACAAACUCAUAGUGGAGAUCAAGAACACACCCAAGACAGCCCCUAAGACACAGACACACACAGGCACAGCAAACCAAACACAGCACAGCACAGAGAGAGAUAAAUGCUGUGGAGAGGCUUAUGCUAGUGGUGUAAGCUGUCCUCAAGCCACACCCAUCACUCCACUGGGUAAACAUGUGGAUGGAAGCUGUGUAGAUGCUGGUGCUGUUUCUAAUACCACCACAGCAGGUAUUAGUGACAGCAGUAGGGGAGAAAGAAGAGGUAGUGAUGAUAGGGAAGGAGGAAGGAAGGAAAGUGAAAGCAGGAAGAGGAAGAGGAAAGAAAGAGAUGAUAGAAAGGAGGAAUCUAAAACUACUGAAAUGAAAAGAGUAAAGACCAAUGAACGUCAAGGUAAAAACAGUGUGAAAGUUGGCAACACAAGCAGGACUGACUCGGAGGUGACCAGGAGUACCAACCCUGACAAAAAUGAAGAAUGUGUAACUAGGAAAGAGGAAGUAAAGAUAAAGAAUCAGUGCACACAGAAAGCACAAGGGAAAAAUGACACAAAAGAUGACAAAACAAGCAGGAACGACUCACAGAUUAGCAGCACCAGUAUCAAAAAGGAGGAAACUCAAGUGGAAAAGGGAAAGGUCAUAAAACCCUCAAAAACUCAAGACACCAGCAAAGUACAAGGGAAAAACAGUGUAGAAGUUAACAAUACAAUCAGGUACAACAUUCAGGAAGAUCAAACAAGCAGUGAAAGUGUUCCAACUGAAAAUAUAUACAAAAAACACACACACUCUCCCAAGUCUCAAAACACUGCCAGGAAACACACACACUCCUUCAUGACCACACCCACAUACACACACUCACACACCAAGGCAAGACAAGACUGCGAGUGAAAGCAGCCUUUUGGAAACACGCAGACACACACACACAGACACAUACCUCACCCAAACAUACACUAAGACACACAGAGACACACACCUUUACAAACACACACACACAGACCUCACCCAGACACACACUGACACAUACCCACAGACACAACAAAACAGUGAAGCCCAGAAAGUUACCCAGAGGAAGAUCAGUGGGAGCAUUCAAUGAUAACUAGGACACCAGAUGAUGGACGCUAUUUGAUCCUUCAGUACCCCAGAGACGCAGUGCCAGCAGAGUGCCCUGACUGCUACACCACCACUGACUCUGUGAACUGUACCUACAACAUUGCUAGUGGUGUUAUAAGCCAUGUGUGUCCCUCCUGCCAGCUCAUGUGUUUGUGCGUACCCCAAGAUAAAAGGGAUCAUGUUUUUCAAGGCUAUGUUGGUGAUGAGGUGAUGGAGUUUACUUUGGCCAGCUUUGAUGUGUAGCUGUGUGUGUGUGUGUGUGUGCGUGUGUUUGUCUUCCUUGCUGCAUUUGUUUGUUCAUCCUUUCACCUGUUAAUACUGAGAAAAGUGUCUGCUCUCUCUCUCUCUCUCUCUCUCUCUCUCUCUCUCUCUCUCUCUCUCUCUCUCUCUCUCUCUCUCUCUCUCUCUCUCUCUCUCUCUCUCUCUCAGUGAUGGGGAAGGUAGUGCCAUAAUAUCUGCCCAUGUGCCUUGAUAGUUGUGCCUUGAAGUUGUGCCUUGAAGUUGUGCCUUGAAGUUGUGCCUUGAUAGUUGUGCCUUAGAAUUUAAUGAUAAGAAAUAGACUUUAUAUUUAUGUAGUUAUAUAUUUUGUAAAGCUCAAUUUUCUAAAGUUAUUAUUGUUUUUUGGUGUAUAUUGUCUCAUUUGUUCUUUUUCCUUUUUUCAUGUAAUUUGUAUCUUAUCUAUUUAUUUAUUUUUGUUCAUUUAUUUUAUUGAUUUAUUUUUUGUGUGUGUUUUGUUUUCUUCAUUCAUUUUAGUUUUUUUUUUUUUUUUUUUUUUUUUUUUAAUGAGUUACGAAUUCCUGUCUUUGUUUUCUGCAAGUUCAUUUUUCCUCACCUUUUGUUAACAUGUCAGAAGCAUCUUUUUUUUCUCUUCACAUAAUUUAUAUUCUACUUAUCAAUUUAUUUAUUUAUUUAUUCCAUUUCUUCAUUCAUUUAAGUUUUUUUUUUAAGGAGUUACAAAUUCCUGUCCUUGUUUUAUGCAAGUUCAUUUUUCUGCACCUUUUGCAAACAUAUCAGCAGCAUCUUUGGUUCUUGCGAUGGAUUUAUGUUAUUGUUUCUUUACAUGUGAACUGGAGUACCUAAUGUUCCCAAAGAUUAAUAUGUAGCUAUUAUUUCUCAUUGUGCCAUGCCAAAAGACUGGCUGCACCUUUUCUUAAGUUUUAGGCUUGUAUUCACACUGCUCUCACUAAUACUAUUAUACAAGGCCACAGAGAUGACUACUAGGGGUUUACAAGAGUGUUUCUGCAGUUAAUAGUGUAGAAAUCUUGUCACUCUGCCUCUAGAACUGUAAAACACUAUUCUUUCAUCAACACUGUUUUCUAAGGCCACAGAGAUGACUACCAGGGUUUACAAGAGUGUUUCUGCAGUAAGUAAUGUAGAAAUCUAGUCACUCUGCCUCUAGAACUGUAAAAACACCUUAAAAACUUGGCUACAUUAAGUAAAGGCUUUUAAAAUAGUGGAGGAGAGAGAGAGAAAGAGAGAGAGAGAGAAAGUGUACAUUUAAAUAAAGCCUUUUGAAAUAGUGGAGGAGAGAGAGAGAGAGAGAGUGUACAUUUAAAUAAAGCCUUUUGAAAUAGUGGAGGUGAGAGAGAGGAGUGAGAAUACAAGCCUUAGUUAGUAUUAUGGAAUAUGUGGCCUCUCCUGCAGGCUCUGAACUUUUGUAUAUAAUGUAUGAAGUAUUACUUUUUUUUUAUACUUUUGUACCACUGAAACACUGAAAGGCAGUGUUCCAGGCCCAAUAAAGAGUGAUAUGUGGCCCGUCCAAGGA